AUGUUGACGGAACUGGCGUUCAGCCUAUUCGCCGCUUGGAUAGUCAUUUUCAGUCAGGCUCUUCACAAAAUCGAAGAAGGACACGUUGGAGUCUACUACCGGGUGCGACGCCUUCUUUCUCAGUUGUCCACAACUGGAAAGUAUCUUUUUCAGGGAGGAGCUCUUCUGAAAACGGUAACUCAACCCGGUUACCACAUGCAUAUUCCCUUUCUGACGACCGUCAAAUCAGUGCAAGUUACCCUUCAAACCGACGAAGCGACCAAUGUUCCGUGCGGAACUUCCGGAGGAGUCAUGAUCUAUUUCGACCGCAUCGAAGUCGUCAAUAUCUUGGCGCAAGAAAGCGGUGAGAAAAACGGAUACACUUCGAAAUGCUCAUUGUUCUUCAGUUUAUGCAAUUGUCAAGAAUUACACUGUCGACUACGACCGACCGCUCAUUUUCAACAAAGUGCACCACGAAGUCAAUCAGUUCUGCAGCAUCCAUACCCUUCAGGAAGUCUACAUUGAUCUCUUCGGUACCUUUCGAUGUCUUUUUACUUUGAGCCCCAAUUUCUCCGCUUGUUUCCAGAUAAAAUUGACGAGGAAAUCAAGAGUGCGCUCCAGGAAGAUCUCGUGAAAAUGGCCCCUGGCCUCUUCGUGCAGGCCGUUCGAGUCACAAAACCAAAGAUUCCGGAGGCGAUUCGACUGAAUUACGAAAAGAUGGAAGCGGAGAAAACGAAGCUGCUCGUGGCACAUGAAACUCAGAAAGUCGUGGAGAAACUGGCAGAAACAGAGAGAAAGAAGGCUGUGAUUGAGGCGGAAAAGAGUGCGCAAGUGGCACUGAUCCACCAAAAGCAGCUGAUUGCCGAGAAGGAAACACAGAAACUGUUGAAUCAAUUGGAAGCGGAGAGCCAUUUGAGUAAGAGCAAAAUUCAGUGAUCAUCAGAGAAACGAUCCCUUUCAGCCAGCGAGAAAUCAAAGGCCGACGCAGAGUUUUAUAGAGCCAAGAAGCAAGCAGACUCCAACAAACUCUUGCUCACCAAGUAAAGGAAUGUACUUAAUUUUCUGACAGUUUGAGUUGUUUCAGGGAGUUCCUGGAGCUUCAGCAGAUCCAGGCCGUCGCCUCGAACAACAAGAUCUACUACGGAGACAGCAUCCCGAAAGCGUUCGUAUUCGGGAACAGCCAGAAAGUCGAAUAA